GAGUUGUCUUCCUUCGGCAGAUGUCGCGCAGAUGAUCAACUUCCUGAGACAAGCCGGCGUUAGACUUAGAAACGUGGAAACGUUAACUGGUUGAAUUUUCAAUGAUAUUCGGAGUGCAAGUAAUGCUGGUACGUCUUCAGCGUCAGUUGGGGCGUGAAGGCUCAUGGUUCCUGUUACUUUCACUUUUGUUGUCUUUGAAUUUGAGUGUAACACACGCGAUCGGUGAUGUUAUUUGGGCUGUAAAUUGUGGUGGGGAGGCCCACACUGAUGUUCAUGGGAUUCGAUAUGAGAAAGACCCCGCACAGUUGGGGAUUGCUUCAGACUAUGGCAAAACGCUAAUGAUUGACAGAGUGGUUCCUCAAGAUCAAAUCCUCUACCAAACUGAACGAUAUCAUAUGUCCACGUUUGGAUACGAUAUCCCUAUAAGAGAAGAUGGAGAUUAUGUCUUAGUGUUGAAAUUCUGCGAAGUUUGGUUUACGUCACCAAAUAAAAAGGUAUUUGAUGUAACAUUGAAUGGAGAGCACACUGUUGUGGAAAACCUGGACAUCUACAACAAAGUUGGGCGAGGUGUGGCUCAUGAUGAAAUCAUUCCAUUUUCUGUGAGAAAUGGUCAGUUAAAAGUCAACGGUGAAACCUCAAAAAUAAACGGAAAACUCUCAGUGGAGUUUCUGAAGGGGGAAAACGACAACCCAAAAAUCAAUGCAAUGUAUGCAAUGAAAGGCUCAUUAGAAGAUGUUCCAAACUUGGCACCACUUCCAGGAGCCCACAAAGAACCAGAAGAAGAGGAGGAAGAAGAUGAAAUUAACGAAUCAAAGCCAUCAAAAUCACGUCGGCCGUCUGGACCCCGAGUAGUGGACCCUUACUCCGAGGACGACACCAGCACCAUUCUCCUGCCCGUUUUUGUUGCCGUGGGAGCUUUCUUCCCUCUUUUGUUUUGUUUAUGUAAACUUUGAUCAAAUCUAUGACUAAGAUAUAUUUAAACAUUGCUUUAAGCAUUCAACAAGAUGUCUAUUAUGCAAUUGAUAGUAGAUGAAGUUAAGGUGAAGUUUUUUAAAACACCAAUUUCAUAUUUCAAUACUUCUCAUUUUUCUGGGAUAAGUUAGAGAAAAAGAUUUCUAACAUACAAUUUUGAUGAAGGUAUAUUGUAUAUGUAUUUGAUAAUUUUUUAUUAUCAACAAUUAUUUCUGCACAUAUUGAAUUUGGAUUCAUUAUUCAUAAUUCUCACUAUUGGUCCUUGUAAUCAUAUUGAAUUUCAUCAACUUGAAACAUUUCGCUUACGUACUUCGGUUACAUGCAUCUCAGGUUCUUACAUAACAUUGGUUUGCUGAAAACACUGUAUUUGCAAAGUACAAAUACUUGUAUACCAGAUUUGUAGGGUGUAAUUUCAAACAUCCGUGUAUAUUAUCUGUUUGUUGUGCCAUAAUGCACAGUAGUGGUGAAAUGAAGAACUCUGUGAUAAAUGUGGUAGAGAAUAACUUCACUAUAAUUUGAUAUAUGUGUUGAUACAAAUCAAUAAUCACACUAGAGUCAAAUACCACAUUUCAGGGUCAGAGGAAUGGAAGGGGGUCUGCUCAAUACGAUGAUGUUCUGAGAAAAGGUUUAAUAGCUGUGGAUGAUUUGCAAUGUUAGUACCACAAGACAUUCAGAAGUUCUCUUGACCCUCUGUCCCCCAUCUUCACAAGUCAAGGGUUUAUUGAUUCGUUACCUCACACUAACCCUUGACAUCGGUGACUAUCAAAAAGUUGGGCUCGUUCUAAUUGUUUCCACAAGAGUCGGAACCAAUGAGAAUGCGGUUCUAUUUAUAACAACGCGAAGCGAGAGAUUCAAAUAAAAACACAUGUAUUGAUACCUACAGUUAUGGCUAUUUCAGUCGUUUAAGCAAUAUAUUCUUAAUAAGCAAAAAGGUUUCCAAACUUGAUCUACUAUCAAUAAAUGUAAUUAAUGGUGUAAAUAUUACAAUUGCACGUGUUUAUCAAUACAGCAGUAUGAGAUAGCGUCAUUUGUAUCCAUGUACACCAUAACAAGAUGUAGUGAUUUCAUUGGAUGUUUCAUUCAUAGUGGAUUGCGUAAUGGUCCAAAGAGCCCAACUUUUAUAUAGUGACUGAUGUGAAGGGUUAGUGCGAGGCACAGGCAAUUGCAUCGCUUGGGGGUUGAAUUUACUAUAUAAAGAAAAACUCUUUAUGUAGUAAAUUCGACCCCCAAGCGAUGCAAUUGCCUGUGGUGCGAGGUAACAAAUCAAUAACCCUUGAUUUAUGAAGAUGUCUGCCCCCACCACCCGUUCCAUCCCUGAUCUCAGGCCUGCUUUGAACUUUUAGAGGAUUCAAAUAGCAAAUAACCAUCUUUUAUUUUAAUACAUACAUGAACAUACUGUAUUCUGAUCAUGGUAGUUUUAUUAUUAAGUUUUUGUCUAAAUGCAGCAUUGAAAAAAAUUACAUGAUGCCAAAUAGUGAGAUAAAAAUAAGUGGGUAGAUAAGAAAUGGUCUUGAGAGUUUUGGAAUAUGUAGAGGUCCUGAAAUCAGUCUAGUAAAUUUGGCUUUGAAAUCAGCAUUUUAGCAAUUGUGUUCUAUACAUCACCAGUCUGUGUAAUCAUUCCAACAUUUUCAAUCAUAUUAAAAAUAUAGGCAUACAGAUUGUUCCAGCUGGAGAAAUAUGUGGACUAGUAUAUAUAUAUAUAUAUUUGUAUAUAUCUGUAUAAAAACUUAAAGUGGUGGAUCCAUCACUUUGUCAGUUUGUGUGUGUAUGAAAUUAUGAAUCAUUGUUGAAUGUGUGAGAAUGCAGUUUUGUGUGUGUGUGUGAUAUUCAGCACUACAGCAAUUUUAUGAUGUUUAUUUCAUUGAACAUUUGUCCUUUUUUUUCAUCCAUGUACUUAUGUCUAUUUUUUUUUUUUUUUUUUUUUUAAAGCACAAACAUUACUUAACAUGUAAUUUUCCAACUUGCAGGAAAUUUUGUGGAGAGAUAUGGUGUCUAUGUUGAUAAAUUAGAAGUUUAAACUUGUAGUGUUUCAUAGCUUAUAGGUAUUUCUAAAUUACAAUUAUUGCUGUGAAUUGUGUGUUUGUUUAAAUCACACACACACACACCUUUCACCACCAUUAGAGAUUGGAUGUAGGUGUCAAUCAUCGUCGGAUACCCACGGAUGAUCUCGUCUUUAACUCAUCACGUGAUGAGUAAAAAAACGAGAUCACCCAUGGGUAUCCGACAAUGAGGGUCAAUAUGAAUCACACAAAAGGAUGGGGUUUGAAACUCUGUUCAGUACAUUUCCAAUUAUAACUUAACUCAUAUUGUACAAUGUGAAUCAGAAUAAAUGUAUUUUAGUGUGACAGUUUUUAACAAUAUUGAGCAACCUUAUCGAUGUGUUCAGAUCAGGAAAAAAAAUUAGAGUACUUGUAUUAAACAGUGUCAGCAUCAGCUCUGAUCUAGACUCUGAGGGCUAAUGCUGGAAAGAGUUAGAUGUGUGUGUAUGUAAUAUCAAACCCAAAGCAGCGAAAAUUUAGAUGUCACUCAGAUUUAUUUUUAUGCAUGGACAAUUCUGUAUGUUAGCAAGUAAUCACACGGAAAUUGUGCAUUCAGUUGUUGCAUGUAUUUUGUACUUAAGAAAGUAAUCACCAUCGUAUGUAUGCAAUCUCUACCCAGAGUUGUCGUUCUUACCCCCACCUACACCUCUGUCAGUACCUCUGGUUUUACAAAUCUUUAUUAAAGUAUUGUUUUAGAAAAUUACCUAGUUGUAAUUAUCACGCUUAGUUUCGAGGAUGACUUAUCGAGUUAUGCUGACCGUGAUUGACAAAAUUAUUUAUAGGGGAAUUAAUUGAUUAACAGAAGAUAAACGAUAUUGGGAAUGAUUUUAAAGUGAAAAUAUUUUCAUAUAAUAUCGCAAUGGGAAAGGAAUGGAUUGUGACGUUGACAGAGGUGUAGUGUAGGUAGAUAUUGGUAUGAAUGUGGUUGUUGUUUUAUCACGGUUAUACCAGUUUUAACCCAUUAAGUCGAGCGUGAAUAUGAAGCAUUUUAUUUAAGUUUUCAAAACUUUACGUGCAGCUUAACGUUUACGCUAUUGCAUUUUUUACGACAGGAUGAUCAGUGAUGUAACGGGAAGUUACGAUUGCCUUGGUGUACAUAAGUUGUUUUUCAUUAUUGUAGUUCGUCAAUAGACAAUUUUUUUGUUGUUGAAUAGAUUAAAACGAAGUAUAAAUGGGUAUUGAGAAUGUGUAACGUUAUAUUUAUAACAAUUUUGUUUUGUGUUGAAGGUCAAAUGUAACGUUUCUUAGUAAUAUAUCAGAUCCUAUAUCGUUUUUACAAAUACCAGGUCCGCUUUUAGAGUUAAGUUAGCAUAUUUUUAUAGUUCCUGGUUGUGGCAAGUUAAAAAAAAAAUGUAAAGGCAACUUAUUACAGAAGGAUGUGUUUAGUAUGUGGAAUAUUACUUCAAGUUAUUGUAGCAAAGAAGGGGAGAAAAUAUUUGGAUCAAUCCAAAGAUGGAACGUGGGACCCUUUCAUUGCAUCUGACCUCUGAACUAACUGCAUGUAGUAUUAUCACUACAGUAUAAAAUUAAUCUGUAUUUUAGAUAUCCUACAAGUACUCUUCACAUCGAGAUAAAAACAGUUUUAGUAAUGAUGAUAGAAACGUUGCGUAUGACUUAAAUGUCUUUGUACUGUGCGUAUGUUUUGCAAUAAAGAUGAAACCUAUGGUAGGCUGUUGUAUGCGCUGAAGACAUAGUUUAAUAUAUUCAACCAUUUGAACGUGUGGAUGUCCUGUAUUUUGUAGCUUUGCUAUUAUCAAUCUCUGAAAUUUUUAAAAUAAAUCUUGGAACAAAU